GGGCCCCUGCACGUGCUCCCUGGCCCACCGGCCUUGGCUUCCGUGGGCAGCGGGUCCUGCUUCCUUGGGCCCACCAGCAGCCAAGGGAUUGGGUUGCCAUGGUGGCGGCUGGGCCGGGGCACUGGGGCCCUUGGCAGGGGCAGCCUGUCCCACCAUGGCAACGGCAUCUCCCUGUGCCCCGGCCCCUGGCCCAGCUGGCAUAGGGCUCCUGGGCACGCAGGGCCCCUGGUAGCAUCGCUGAGAGCGGCUGCCGGGCAAAGCGAUGCCAGCCCAUUGUGUGGCCAUUGCUGCUAUCAGGGCACAUGGCUCCCUGAAAUCGGACCUGGUUUCCCCACAGUGCCCUUGCCACCACAUCUCUGGUUUUCCUGUUGUCCUCCCUGACCCCCCCCCCCCUUAAAAACACAGCAGCUUGUUUUGUGCUGAGUCCCAGUUCAACUCCACCCCUACUCCCCCAAGGGUCUUGGAACUGACGGCAAUAACAAGGGGUAGCUACACUGAGCCAGGUGAGAGCCUGCAGGUUAGCAGUGGCCGCUGGUGCUCCUCCUGGGAGGAGGAUGCUGGUGAGGGGACGUGGUGCUGGGGGUGCUCUGUCCUGCAGUCCCAGGGUGCUGCCAUCAUUCCCCUGGUGAGGAGCAGCCCCCGGGAGGGAGCGUGCAAGUGCGUUGCUAUGCAGCUGCACUGGGAAGGACUGGGGAAAACAAUACAAACACCUGCCAAGCAAUUGUAUCCUAAGGAGAUGCACAAGCCUCAUCUGCCUUGUGAUUAUUUAACACUGAAGAGCAGGCAGCCCAGGCUGCAGUUGUUGCCAAGCUUGUAAAUUCACCUCUUCUUGCCUUUGCACUUUCUUCUUGUCUGCACACUUACGCGACAGGUAAGAAACGCUCCCAGCCCUGGCCUCCUGGCUGGGUGUCCAGGCUGUGCCCCCACAUCUCUCAGGGAGGGCUCAGCUGGAGAUUUACACCGAGCAGCGAGUUGGUAUAUUGGCUGACACUGUGAUAAACACACAGAGGAAAUGGUGCCUAGUUUUGCCCUUCCUCCUGCUUCUUAUGACAAACAACAUCUGACUGUCCUGCCCCUUCAAAACGGAAGCUGUCACCCUUUGCUUUACAAGGAAUUAAUCUCAAAGGGAGUUGAUCCCCCUUAAGCGAUGAAUCUGUGUGAGCUCAGGCAGCAGAGGGGAGGCGUUUCUGUGUCUGGCUGCGGCAGAUGGACUCCUUUUCCCUACUUAGAAGCAUGAGCAUGACCAAAGGGAAAGGCUCCCCCAGGGCUGUCCCCUUUUCAAUGAGGUGGCUUAACUCCUUCAAGUCGCAGAGCUGCUGCAGGUGUCCUGUGUGGGGAUGCCCAUCAGUCCAGACUUUUGCCAUGAUAAAAGAGUACAAAGUUAUCUUUUUUUUUGUAAUUGGAAAAAAACCCCAAACCCUUAACAAUUGUCAAGUGAGUUGAGGGACCUGACUUGGACGUACAUGUGAUUCGUCCAUUGGCUGGCUCAUGAUGCAAGCUUUGCACAGCAGUGUCCAUGCCAGCAGUGUGGGGGACUAGGGCCAUGUGUACUUCGUACUAGGUUUGGCUGUGGCUAUGUGGUGGAUCUGUGCCAGCAGUGGAGGAAAAGUGAUGACCCUGCCUACAGAGGUAGUGCCAGCUCUGCAACGCAGCUAGGCUUAGGGGGGGACACCUCCAUGUAGUUAUCCUUCACCCCCUUGCACCUUUUGCAAGGAAAAGCCUCUGGGAAGCCACUGGGGAAUGAACAGCUGAAACUGUUUUUUGGUUCCUGAAAUGAUGGCUGCAUUCCAGAGCACGUCCUUUCUUGAACUGCUGGCAGGAGGCCAAAGUCCCGCAGGCAGUUCCCUCUGUGGGAUCUCCGUGGGAGCCGUGUUUGCAGUGUUGUGACCAGCAGUUAGGCGUGACAGGGAGAUAAAUCAGCAGGUGUCUCUCAGGGAGCAUGUGUCGAGGAUGCUCUAACAGCAGCCUGCCAUUGCCACGGUCUCUGCGGUUUUGAGCUCUCUGGCAAGCAUUUGCUGGGGCUCGGUGUCUCACUAGAGGUAUCGGCUCCAUCAGAGAAACCACAGGUGUGUCCUCAAAACACAGACCAUUUUCUGUCAGCAAACAUCUCUGUUGGUGUCCCCACUCCUCUCUAGGGCUAUGCUGCCUUGUUGACGGGUGAUACUAAGCAGGGAAGCAAUGCCCCAGGCUUUCACCUUCUGUGCUUUUUCCAUGGUGGGGCACUUCCACAGCUGCCUUCAUCAUAUGGUUGUUCCCCGGCUGGCUGGGGGCUAGCACCUGCAGCCCCAGUGGGUGGGUAUGGGCUUGGUCUGUGAGUUCUGCAACACGCAGCACUGGCAUCGUCUCGUCCUUCUCUUUGUAGCAAGGCUCACAAAGCACAAGCGCUUCACAGCCAGUGGGAUUUCAGGCCUGGGACACCUGAGCAGUAGGAGCAGACAGCGAUAUCCGAUCUUCCUGAAAGGUUUUGGUCUGAUGAAUAUUGAGUAAAAACAUUUUCAGUGCUGCUCCUAAGGCACAGACCAUGUAUGUUCCUGUGUCUCUAUAGCAUCUGAGACCUCUGUGCCAAAUGGAUUGAAAUAACAUGACAAAUAAUAAAAUAUGUCUUCACCUGUGCUUCUAAAACCAUGUGGGAACAGUCCUGUCUCCAUGGUGCCUUUUAGUAAAACACAAGAGUGUUGAUAACAGGUGUUUCUGUUCAUCUGAACUCCUGUAGGCUGGGAGAUCAGCCAUCUGGGUUUGCAUGGCGUGUUAUUAACCAGAAAAGUAACUUCCCCCUCUCUCUGCCAUGUCCCAAAGGGACCCUGCCAUGAGGGCAGAACUGCAGAUCCGUUUCUCUGCAAUCCAAGAGAUAGCACAAAAAUCCAUGGCUGGUGAGUCCACCAGAUUAAAUGGAUGGAAAGUUACUUGAGAGAGAGAUCCCUUAAAUGCACUCUCGCAAGGGAUGGAGGCAAAGGCAUGAGGGUUCAAGAGUGUAUUAUGCCUUUGAGGACAGCAAAUGGCUUUGUUGGUUUAACUGUAUGUUUAAUGGCAUAUUUGUCCUUUUCUGCAAUUUUGAUAGGAUACAAGAACUCACAGAACGCAAGAAAGUGGCUCUUGCAAACGAUCCCAGCUAAGGAGGUGCCCAGAAGCCCUGGCUUGAGGACUGGGGCCUGCUGGGGCCUCAUCUAGUGCAGACCCUUUGAAUUUGUCUUGCUAUUGCUCUCCCCUCAAGAGCAGAAGUGACUCCAAAAAAACAGACUGAAAUGUUCAGUGCGUGAAGGGCUCUCUUCAAGUCGUUCGUUCUUGUUUUCAAUCCAAAAACUGGGCCUGACCUGAGUCUUGCCUUUCCUGCUCCAUCUGAGCUUCUCCGCUGAGAUGUUUUAGAGUAGGUUGGUGCUGUGAUGCAAGAGGACUGGACCUCAUUGGAGCCACAGGCUGCUGUAAGCUGGAGGACACAGUCAAGCUUUAGGAACAGAGUUACUCUCUGCAUUUUGGGGUCAAUCUAUGGCUUGACAAGCCAGGGCAGCAGUCUCUUGAUAAUGUCUCUUCUCCACUGUCUGGAUGGGUGUCACUGUGCUUGAAAAAGGCUCCAUCACCCUGCUGUUCCCUGUCCUGACAACCCUGGUACCCUCUCCCACCAUGGCCUCUCUCUCAAUGGGGGAUGCGCAACUCAAAAUUUGCCCUCAGCACAGGAGAGUAACCACUAACGUGCUGCAAAACCUCACCCACUUUCCAUGGCACACCCUGACCAUAAAAUUAUUAUUAUUUUUACUGUCAUACCUGUGGUGUAGUUAGGUGGUAAUGGUGAGGUGAGAAAAAUGCAAUAAUGAAAGUCCCCCAGGUGUUUCAGAGGUGUAGUGAAACGACCCUUUCUGCACAUCCACUGGGAACUAUAAAACCAGACUCGUUACUUGAAGGCUCUUUUCCUUUUGAUAUGACAACCACCACCUGGACAGUGUUAGGAAAUUCAGUGCCAGAGAAGGUAAGUGCUCAGGGGAUGGCAGUGGCAAUGUACAGCUGUGGGGAGCCGUAGGGACUCUGUGUGUGUGUCCCAUCCCAGACAGGGAAUGAUAGCCCCAGCAAGCACAUUUCACACUUGCGUGUGUUUCUAAAAUGUCACACCUUUGCUGUUCUUGCUAGGCUCGCGUGGGGAAACCAAGAGACAAUCUGGACCCUCUUGUGGGGUGCACUGAUGGCUCAACCAUCCCCAAGAACAGUGGCACUGGCCAAGCCCAAGCAAGAUUUUGGCAAGCACCACUGCAGGUCAGUGAUGUGGCAGCACAUCCUGGGGAAGGGGGCAGCUCAGAUGGUGCCCUCUAAUCAGGGUGGAUGUGCUGACUUCCAGGGGAAGGGGAGAUGUCAGCAGCUGUGGAAGGCUGGAUGAGCAUGCACUAAGCAAGCCCGGGGAGAUACCAAGAGGAAAGGACCUGCAAGGCCACAAGGUGCUAUUAAGCCACUGCAGCAAAGAGGUUUCUAAAUUGGCAGAGCUGAACAGAGAUGCUGAUAGGUUUGCGUUGUGGAGUGGCUUCUUGAAAUGGUCCAGGGAAAGGCCUAGAUUUUGAAAGUAACGCACUUAGGGUGCUUAAGAGAGGACUCUGCAUACACAAACAGCAUUUGCCUUUAAAGUCAGGAAAUCUCAAGUGUAAAUAGCUAUUUGUUCAUGGCUUUUCCAUGUGCACCAGUGCCAACUUUUGUACAUGCAGCAGCCAUGGAUGUUUAACCAGACUUAGGAUACCAUCUGCCAGGAUCACAUUCUCUGGCAGUUACCUUUUACUAACUCUUCUGUGCUGUUCCUCAAGAUCCCUCUUCUUGUAUAGCUGUGGACGGGAAUCAACGAUCUGGGAGCGUACCCCGGUAGUGGAUUUUGGCUUCCCUUCUCAUCGGCUGCUGAAGUUGUCUGAACCUAAAAAAUGCCAGGCUGCUUACCUGCAGCAAAGACCUCGCCAGUCCCCUGAGUGGCCUGUGUCGCCAGCUGCACUGAGCUAUAAGGCCUCCCCGCGGAUCCUGGAGCUUGCACGGCCAAAGGUGCUGCACCCAGAGUUCCUGCUGGCCAGAGAGGUGCCAACACAGGUUACAAACGCUGCGGCCUUGGCCAGAGCAUCCUUGCGGUUACAGCGCCUCGCAGAGCCCCGGGUCAGGAAGGUGACCUGCUGCUACGAGCACAGCUUUCUUGAAUCUGUCAUCCGUCCGGUUUCCAAGUCAGCUCAGGAGGCAAUUGCGAGCCCUCGGACCCUGGAGCUGGCCUGGGCAAAAAGAUUGCAUCCUGACUAUGUGCCCUUGCGGGAUGCUGAGUGGCCAGUGACGAAGGCUGCAAAGCACGCAGUGGCCACACCACGACUCGUGGAACUAGCCCAGCCUUGCAAAAGGCCUCCUAUGGGCUCAGCUCAGUUCAACCCAGACGCGUUCACAGUGAAGGAGUCUGCUAAGAAGGCGACUUGUUCUGCUCGGAUCCAAGAGCUGGCUCGUCCGAUUAAGCACUAAGCCUCAGAAACACAGCCCGCUCCCUCCGCCAGCUGCCCCCACCACCCCUUGGAACAUCACCCUCUUUGGGCUGUGCUGUGGCUGGAAGACCUGCUUGAUCACGGUGCAGAGGCAGCACCCAGCAGGAACAUUUUUCUUACGAGCAGCCACGUUUACUGGAUUUAUUGGGGGAGUUAAAUAAAAUGGUGAUUCCUUAAGAACAAAAUAGUCACCAGGGGAAGUGAGCAGAAUUUGACCUAAUAUGGGGACCCUCUCUCCCUAGGACAGGUUACAUCUGGAGUUUGUCACUCUACUUAUUUUUUUGCUGUAAUAGUUAAAGAAGUAAUGAAACAACUGCUGGGGGAAGCCAGCACAGGAACUGUGGUUUCACAUAAAGAAGUGUGGCAAACCAAAGCUGACAGCAUGCUGUGGGUUGGUGCAACACAAUUCCUGACCUUGGGUUUCAAAAUUUUUGCUAAACUUUCAAGAUCUUCUUAGUGACACUCAAAGUUUUGUGCUUGUGACAGAAGCAGAAACACAAAAGGCUGCAAAAUUCCAGAUCCAGGGCUGGAUUUGAUAAGGUGUAAAGCUUUAGUACAGGAUUUGGAGAUGCUGGGGUGGCUUACGCAUUGAGUUGGCUUGGAUUUGGGGCCUGUUUUCUCACAUAUGUGGAGAAUGGGCAGAUCCAGCCUCUUGCUUUGCAUGCAUUUUGAUACAGGUUACACAGGUGGGUUAAAUCUGUGCGGUUCAGAUAUUCAGUUGUGUGGCACUGGGCAAAAUAAUAGAGCCCUGCACUGGGAUUCUUGGAGCCUAACUCAAAAAAGCAGAGUUGCCCUCAGUGUAAGGGAAAAGGCACGUUGCAAAGGCUAAGAAGAAAACAGAUAUCGGUGCCAGACUCUGCAGAACAAACUCUGAGCUCCAGUCAGGUCUGAGGGUGAGUCAGUUUGGCAGCUGGAUUGCAGGGGAACAACACAGCCUGUGUAGGACAUGGCACAGGGAGAUUGUUUUUAUCUGUUUCUUAUGAGUUUGGUGUGCUUUGCACUGGCAGCCUAACCACCGGCGAUGGGCUGGAGAUAAUGAGGCAAGAGAGAUGCUCUCCAGCUAGGGACAAAAGCCAUAAGUGAAGGCAUGUGGCAGUUUCAGUGCCCAGUGUAUCUUAAUCUUCCCUGUGUUAAGCUGAUUCUCCUUCCAAAGGGGUAGAGGCAGGUGACUGCAAACCAGAAGAGGAUUAAUCAGAGGAUCCACUAAUUGAUCCGAUAAUCCCCUAAGCAGAGGAUUUUUGAACCCUUUUGAACAAGGUAAGGUCACUGGGCAAUGGUGCUGGUUAUUUUUUAGCCCAUGCAUUGUCCUAUACCAGGACAGAUGAGAGUCUGGGCUUUGUGCAAGAGCCCCAGCACAGCUGCAUCCAUCAAGCUGCAGGCUUAAGAAUGGCCUGAAGGAGGUUGGGGUCUGCCCCCACCCUGCAGGGCAACCUCAGCACCACCAGCCUCUGCCACCUCAGGGCUUGGUGUAUGCAUGGGGCUGCGUGGGCUAACUGGGAUGGACCUGUGGAUGUCCUAAAUGAGGAGGUUGCCCAUGUGUGCGGGCUAUCCCUCUGGGAAGAGGGGAAACCCAAGGUGUGCACUGAGGCUGCCUUGGAGGAGUCUUGCCCUUCCAGAUGAGUCUGCCUCCUGCCACUGGGGCAGGGAGCACAAGCAGGGACAUAACACAGCCUCACUCAUCAAAAAACUU